AAAAAAUUCAUUUGAUAGCGUUAGCAGUCUAAUCAGUACCUCUUGAAGCAAGACUUGAAAAGUUGUUUAAUAAAGAAUUAAAUUUAGGAAUUUAGUACUAUAUAAUAUAAUAAUCAAUUGAAAAUGGCAACUGAAUUAAACGUUCAAGCUGAAAGAGCUUUCCAAAAGCAACCUCAUAUCUUCACCAACCCCAAAGCCAAAGCUACAAAACGUACCAAGAGAUGGUAUAAAGAAGUUGGUUUAGGUUUCAAAACCCCAAAAACCGCUAUUGAAGGUCACUACAUCGAUAAGAAAUGUCCAUUCACUGGUUUGGUCUCCAUUCGUGGUCGUAUCUUAACUGGUACUGUUGUUUCCACCAAAAUGCAUCGUACUAUUAUCAUCAGACGUGAUUAUUUACACUACAUUCCAAAAUAUAACAGAUACGAAAAACGUCACAAAAAUUUAGCUGCUCAUGUUUCUCCAGCUUUCCGUGUUCAAGAAGGUGAUGUUGUUACUGUUGGUCAAUGUAGACCAAUCUCAAAAACCGUUAGAUUUAAUGUUUUAAAAGUUUCUUCUGGUACUGGUAAAUCUAAUAAGAAAUUCUCUAAAUUCUAAAUCCGCUAAUUCAAUUGUAUAAUUUUAUUGUUUUAUUAUUUAUAAAUUACUUCUUAAUGAGAUUUAUAUAAUAUAGGGCAUUUCUUACAUUUAAAAAAAUAUUAACAAAGAAAAAUAUUCAUAUUUUGUAUUUCAAUAAUUAUACUUACAUAAUUAUAAAUUAAACAAAAAAAAAAUAAAAAAGAUAAACAAGAUACAAGAUAAAGAUAGACAAGAUACAAGAUAAAGAUAAGCAGGAUAAAGAUAAAAUGAAAAUAAAACAACCAAACAAUUUUUUAUAAACAGAAUUAUAAAAAUAAAACCUUAAUAUCACAAUUUAAUUCAAAAACUAUUAAAAACCAAAAACCUCAAGCCCAAAAAAAAUCCUUUUAUAUUUUUUUUCCCAUGAAAAUUAGAAAUUUUUUCAAUUUAUAUCUUUGUUUAUUAUAAAAUCUGGUAAGCAAAAUAAUGAAUCAAAUAAUGCAAAAACUU